AUGGACUUUGACGAGCGUUCCCAAGAAGCUCUCAAGUAUUUUGAAGCUAAACGCCAGGAGAACUCGGGUAAAAUACGUCAAACUGCUUAGUGGCUAGCUCUUUGGACUAUGUUUUAGAAUUCGGAAGGGUUCAUGAGGUUUAAAAAUGAAUUUUUGUUCAAAAGGAGCAAGAUAAUGAUGGAUAACAUGGCUUCUUUGAGUCAUAACUUUCUUCUUUUAUUAUAAGUUUUUUAAAUUUAGGUAGUAGUUAGAGUAGUUAAUUUUCUUUGAUAAAAAUUUGAGUUCGGGCUAAAGCUGUCAUUGAAAAAUUUUUUAUGAUUAAAAAUCAAGUAUAAUAUAUCAAAAAAUUUUAUUUUUUGCCUAUUUUUGGUCAAUUUUCUGCUAUUUUUAAUGAUCCUACCUCAAAAUAACGCAAAAUUUGAAUUAAAAAUGAACAAAAAAGCUUCAUAAACUUUAGAAUAAUAUUCAUCUUAUGUUACUUUAAAUAAACUUGUGAUUUUCAGACGAACGAGAUCGGAUUCAGAAGAAGACGUUCACCAAAUGGGUCAACAGAAACUUGACGAAACGUGGUCGUCGAGUGGAAGAUUUGUUUGUGGACCUGAGGAAUGGCUUCAAUUUGAUCGCAUUGCUUGAGGAACUUACACAAGAAGUUUUGGUAAGGGGUUUGAAUUUGGAUUUUGAGUUUUUUAGAAAAAUCUUUUGAUGUUUUGGGCUUUUUGGUCGAGGAAUUACGCUUUUUAUGUAGUUUUUGGGUUUAAAAAAGUCAUGCUUUAAAAAGUUUUGAUCUUUUUAAAUUUCAAAAUGAUUUUUUUUUAAAUUUUGUAAAGGUUUCAAUUUGAUUUACAUUUUUUAGCCAAAAGAAAACGGCGAAACUAGAUUUCAUCGGACACAGAACGUACAAUGUUGCCUGGACUUUUUACAACGAAGACAUGUAAGUCAUUUUAUAAGAGGAAUAUUAUUUUUAUUCGUAUACUUUUUUGUAGCGUGGGGUGGAGGUAGAGAGGAGUAUGAUGACAUAGGGUAGGGUAAGAUAGGUUAGGAGAGGGGUUGACCGAAAAGGGGGCCGACGAAGACCAAGAAGGCUUGAAAGGGGCCGGGUGGCAUGUGGGUUCGGCUUCUUUACAGGUAUAGAGAGGGAUGACUUUUACCAUAUCUUACUAGUUGGUAAGGGUAGAAUAGAUAAGAGUAUGGUAAGUAGAGAAGAAUGUGAUAGGGUAGGGUAAUCUAGAGUAGGAUACUGUAGGGCAGGGUAGUGUAGGGUAGGAUAGAGUAGGGCAAACACAAGGUAGGGUAAGGUAAAAUAGAGUAGGGUAAGGGAAGGCACAGCAGAGUAAUUUGUGAUCUAUUUUUUUAUGUCAGGGUAAAAUACGGUCUUCCUAUAUAUGUGCGAAAUUUUCAGAUCAAAUUAGUAAACAUCAGACCAAAAGACAUUGUGGAUGGUAAUGGAAAACUCACACUUGGCUUGAUUUGGACAAUCAUUUUGAGCUUCCAAAUCUCGGUUAUCACUCAACGUCAAGCUGAAGAAGAGCAGAAGCGAGAACGACGACGAUCCAGCCAACAAUCACCUAAAAUCGAAUCAAAUGGAGAGCCUGGAGCUGAGGCUUUGAAUGAAUAUGGAUAUGCGGAAGGAUCGAGCAGUACUAAGGUUGGUUUAGUUUUUGAUUUGAGGGUUUUUUGGAAUUUCAAAAAAUUUUUUUCAAAAUUUUUUUAAAAAAAAAUUUUUUGAAAUUUUGAUUUUUUUGUACAAGUAUGAUUUCCAUGCUGGUCUAGCAUUAAAAAUGUGUUUUUUGUGGUAAUCGGCUUUAGAAAUAACAAAGGAUAAUAUAAAACAACAAGAAAUACUUAAUUUACAAUGUAUAAACCAAAGAUAUUAUCAUAAGACUAUCAAUACAUAUAUUAGCACAACGCUAAAAUUAUAAAAAAAUCAGAAAAAGAAGUUGAAAUGAUGACAAAGUAAAGAAACACUAACUCAAAUGUCGUAUUUAUAAUCGACUUACAGCUUUUCAAACCGAAAAAAAAACGUCAGAAAUCAUAAUCCCUUUGCUUUGAUCAGAUCUAUUGUCAAAGUUUACGCACUUAUUUAAAAACCAUAUUCAAAAAACUACAGUUUGUUAUAUUUGCACUACUAUGUUGUGUAGUAUAAUAUAUGUUGAGUUUUGCACUGUAUAUUGAAAUCAAUGUUGAAUUAUUAUAUAUUGUGACAAAAUUAAAUUUUUUUUUUUGAGUUUUAAAAUUGUUGUGUAGGGCCAGGCAUUGGUGAGGAUGGAUAAAGGUGAAGGUCCAGGAAUGUUUUUUUAA